UUAGGCAGUAAAAAUAUAAUUUAGUACUUUUUGUGACUUGAAAUAAGUUGAUAGGAUUAUUUUGUUCAAGGUUUUAAAAACUUGCUUAUUCUGUGCAAAUUUUGCAUUAGGCAAAAUGAUUUAGUGAGUUUAUUUUCUACGCGCACCUGUAGUAAAAAUCACCCUGUGUCUGUGAGAGUGAAACCGCAAACGGAGAAAAGUGAAAAUCCACGAGAUUGGAAAUUAUUGAAAAUCUGCGGAAAGUGAAAUUAUUUGAAGGAAGCUGAUUGUACUUAGUUGUUGAACAAUGUGGAGUCCAACACACGUUCAAGUUCUAGUGAAGAGAGCCAAGGGGUUGAAGGUGAAAGGAAAGGAAGGAACAAACGAUGCCUUUGUGACUAUUGGACUGGGGAAAGAGAAAUUUAGAACCUCGACUAAGGAGAAGAGUGGAGAUCCUGUAGAAUGGAUGGAACAGUGUGAAUUGUUAAUACCAACCCAGGGAAACACAGCUGAAGUAAAUUUAACAGUUCUACACAGAAACCUGAUCGGAGUAGACGAAUUCCUGGGACAAGUUAGCCUGCCAUUAAAAGAUUUCGAUAUUUACGAGCGACCAAAAACCAGAUGGCACUCACUCAAAUGCAAGGCCGGCCAAACCAAGAAAGAUUACAGAGGAGAAUUAGAGGUAAGAAUUGGGUUUACUGUAAAAGCCUCCGAGAGCGUUGGAGGGAGUACAGCUGACUUAACUAAGAAGACUAAAGGAUCCCUUUCAUCACUUAACAAGGUUGCUGGGAACAUAGGAGGCUCACUGCUCUCCUUAGGGAACAAGGAAUCCAGGAAUAUUAAGAAACUUAUGAAAUCAGCGUCACAUAAGGUUGAAAAGGUUGGAGAGAAAGCUAAAAAGUCUGUGAGUACUUUAAAAUUGAGUAAAGAUCGUGGAACUCUAGACUCUGUUCCAGAAACUCGUCAGUGGAGUACACUUGAUAGAAGACUUGAUGAGAACCAAGAUCCUGGAGUAAACUCUGAUGAGGAGGGAGAUGAUAUGUUUAAGUUUGAUACAUUAUCCCAGAAGAGUACAGCAAGCAGUUUAUCUAUGAAUCGUCUUGGACGAGUCAGCAAUACAUCAACACCUUUCAGCGGAUCUUUGGAAGCUUUCAAUGUGGAUACUCCUCCUGCCUUUAGACAAAACAACAGGAAUUCGUUGGUCACAAAACCUAAAGAAAAAGACGAAUGGGAAUCAAAACUUUUUGGAAAGAAAGCUAUUGCUAAAACUGAUGCCAACGGUCCUAUUAAAAUACCGUCUAAGCAAUAUACUAUCAAAGAAGAGAUCUACUCGGAGCCCAAUGCAACAAUAGCUGAUCCAUCCUUUAACAAGAAAUUAGCCAAAUCCAAGUUGACGCUAGACCUGACCCCAAACACUGAAAUUUGGAAAUUAAAAUCAGAAAUGAAGGCAAGUCAGAAACUUGAAGCAUUGGAAACCUUCGAAGAUGGUGACAUUGUCUGUGACAGAAAAGAAAUGAAACUUUCACUUCUGCAGGAAAAGAAGAAUUCAUUUGUGAUAUCAGGAUCCACAAUACCCUUUGGCGAAGGUUCUGAAAAUGAACUCGAUACAGCCACAGAUAAGAAAAGUGAUUUUACGCUAGAUAAAGAAGGAAAAGAAGGAUCAGACAAGAGAAAUUGUCAAGAUGAAUCCAUAUUAUUGAAAACAGAUUUACAUACUUUGGCUUUAAAUAAGCUGAGUAAGAAAAGCAUGCCAGAGAUAAGAUUGGAUAAAGAGGAGGAUACAGUAUUGAGGUCGCCAUUCAAGUGGAGUAAAAAGAGCAUGCCGGAGAUCAGAUUAGACAGAGAGGAGGAUACCACCAUGCAGUCACAAUUUAGCAAAAAGAGCAUGCCAAACAUAGGUGGAUUCGGUUCAAAGAACUUCCAUGAAGAUUCCAUCUUUAAGAGAUCAGUUAAUCCAGAUCAACCCAAGCAAUCAACUAUAGAACAUUCAAAGGACAUGCCUGAAACAAGAACAGAGGGUCAAGAUGGAGAAAACACUGCUGCAGAGUAUAUGCACAGCCCUUCCAGCAUUUCCCCUCAAACUCCGAAAAGAAAGACGUCUAGACUGUUCAAGCUUAGUUUAUCCAAAAGCAAUCUAGAUCUUAAAGGAGCAAGUCUGGAAAAUGCAGAAAACUACCAUAAGAGUUUACCAAAACUGAGCAGCAAGGAUAAGGCUGUGAGAGGGAAAAUAUCAAAUGAUCUGACCUGGACUCGCCAGCAAUCAGCUGAAAUGUUUGAAGAAAGGCAGAAAAAAAUGUCCUCAGGGGAAUCUGUUAUGGAAGUUAAGUCACUUGGAAACUUAGUAAGUUCUGGAAGAGAAGAUGAUAGUUUUCUGAAACAUAUCAUGAAUAGAAAUCUGAAAGAAAAUCAUGAUUUUGCCAAACAUCAACUGGAGAUUGCUGAAAAGAAAGAAACUAUGAAGCUAACUAAACAAUCUGCAGUUGAGAUGAACAGUCCUAAGUUGGAGUUCAAAUCAUCUGAGAGUUUCUCAAAUUCUGAAUCUCCAACUGAAGAUAUGAAGCCAUUUCCAUCAGAGGUUCACACCUUGCCAUUCAUGAAGAAAAGGGAUGGAAGAAGAGUACGAAAGUUUGGAUUGUAUCCACAAGAUUCCCAGAUGGAUACUUUGUCCAUAGUCAGUCAGCAGUCAGGACGGAGUAGAGAGGGAGCUACAUCUGCUGCCAGUCAAGGAAACCCAUCACUUAACAGUCAAACUACAUUAGAGGAUACUUGGAAACCACAGGGUAGCCUCCCAUCCUAUUCCCAGGCUACAUUUAAAGUUCCACAUGAGAAGAAAAAGAUAAUUCCUGUUCAAGAUGAACUAGAAUCAUCUCCUAGUCCUGAAUCCCCCUCAAGUCCUGUAGCUGACAACAAGGCGGAGAAUGGUUGGGGUUUCAGAAAUAGCAGAUCCGGAGUGUCUGUGAGUACACUGGAUAUAGCUUCUGUUGCCAAGGAACAGGAGAACAAGAAGAAAACACUGGGGCUCAAACUUAAGAACAGUUACAGCAGUCUUUUUGACCUGAGUAAAAUUGGAAAAGGAAAAGGCUUCAAAGAGAAAUCAGACGAGGGUAAGACAGGAAAUGGUGGAAGAAGAAAUUCAAUCGAAUCCAACUCCUCCAGGCACUCUCGGACCCAUUCUGAUGGAUCUUUUGGACCUCCUAAUGGAACCCGUGUAGUGCUGGGUAGAGAAACCUCUCCUAUUCCCAACAUGAACUCCAAACUUUCAUCUGAUAUGCUUGCCAAGUACAGUGGCAAAUCAAACCAGGAACUGGUUGAGCUGGUUGUAAGUAUGGAGCGAAGGUUGGAAGAGCAGAGUAAGAAGGUUGGUGACCUAGAGGACUAUAUAGAUGGUCUUCUAAUCAGAGUAAUGGAGGUUGCCCCAGUACUUCUUCAGAAGGACUUGAACGCCAGCAAAUCAACCAUGAGAGGUGCUGGAUUACGGCUCUUUGCUGCUGAUUUUAACCGGUUACGGCUUGGUUAAAGUUCAAAGUGCACACUGGACAAGGUUGUUGUGUACUCAAUGUACAUAUUGUACGGUGUGUUCACUGUGUACUGUAUGCACUUAUCCCAUCACCUCUUCAUUGGUUGUGGGCUAAUAUUUUUUAAAAAUGUCACAUUUUUCAAAGGCGCAACUUAAGUUAUAAUUAGGAAGUGGGAAUUUUAAUCUAAGAGAUUGGUAAAAUGAUUUAUUAAAUAAUCUUCAUAUCCCCCCCCCCCCACAUGACCACAUGACUGAAGUCGCGCCUAUGAUCAUUUUUCAUUGGUUUUAGUCGGGUUUUCAUAAUAUUCAGUAAUAUGGCUAAAUGCACCAACUAAAAAAACCAUUAUGAAAAAUUAAUAUUAAUAUUAACAUUAUUUUUUCAAUAUAUUUAUUUUUUUAAUUUCAACAAAAUUCUAUAAAUAAUUAGAUGAUAGCGCAGCUGCAAAUUUUGAGCAAUGAACAAUCAUGAAAAUGCUUUAACAUUAUUCUUAAUAAGUGAAGGUUGGGGAAAUACGAUUUUACCUCUUUUCUUCACUUUAUUCACAAGACUUUCUUCAAUGCUUAUCUUAUUUUUAUCUGAAAGAGAAAUAUUGAUUUAAAGUCUUAAAAAUAUCUUAUGCAUUUUAUCCAGUUGCUUACACAUACAUUUGGGUUAAAAAGCAUUUAGAAAUGAAAAAAAUUGUGAUAUCGGAACUUAUGUAAACAUAAAAAUAGUAAGAAAUUGAUUAAAACUUAAAAUUAUUUUGCAUUUGUUUUUUAAAAAUUUAUUAAGUAAACUUGUGAGUGUGUAAGAUCCAUAUUUCAAUCAAAUGUACACAAUGUAAAUUUGAAGUGAUGACUAAACACUAGAAAAGUCCAGUUCAUUCAUGUGUUAUAAUUAAGUUUGAGAAUUAUACUGAACCGGAAGAAAGAAAGAUUUCAUAAUUAAUAUUGUAAAAGAAUUCAGUAGAACUUUAAAACUCCCGAUAAAAUGGAACACUAAGCACUGACCAAUUAAUUUGGAUCUUUGAAAUGCUCUAAAAGUGUUUCUUUAUUUUGUUAUUUAACAAAAUUUGUGUUUAAAACAUGGUGACAAAGUCUUCAUAACGAUGGCUUAUACAAAUAAAACGGAAAAGGCGAUUCUUUUUUCUGUCUCUGCUAUUUAAGAUUCAUUUUCCAAAUACUCUUUAAAUCUAAAGUUUGUCGAUUUACGCUUAAUUUUUUUGGGUCUCUGCGUUAAGUAAUUGAAGAACUUUCUGUAAAAUUAACAUUAACAUUUUCCAAUGAAAAUUAUUCAGCAUGAAUUUUACAAAGUUGUAUGAGUGAGGACCUGAAAUCUCGGGAAUAGGAAAAUGAACGAAGUUUGGAGGACUCCUAAAAAAACUACUGAACAUGAGAUACAACAAUUGUGAUGUGUAAACAGAGCUAAUAUUUUAGAAUGGUGGAUAUUGAGAUCAAUGCUUGAUCUCUUUUUCUUAAUCUCCAGAUUAAACAAUGCUUGUUCCCCUCUUAUUCUUAAUCUCCUGAUUAAUAAGCCGAUCGGGAUUAAAGAUAUCCCAUUCUAAAGUUUUCAGCUCAGACCUCAUAAUAUUAAUAAGUAAUUUAAUAAGUUACUAGUAAAACUUUAUGCUUUGAAAUAACAUUAAAUACAUAAAAGUAUUGUUUUAACGUCGUCUUUCUAUUCCAUAGUGUUCUGGUUCUCAUUCUAUGACUCAAGUCCAAUGCAUGGUUUCAUUAUUUCAUGCCAAUAUCAUCUCUUAAGUUUCAGGGCGGGUAAAACCUAUAGUGCGUUCUGAAUGUAGUUUUUAAGUAGACUACUCUAGUGUACUCUGAAAAACAAAGUAAAAAUUUUAAAAAACACGACCUAUCAAUUUUUUAAUUUUCAGCUAUCAAAAAUUUGUUAACCCUGCAGUUUGGGUUAAGGUUUAACUAUUUGUAGAUGUUUGUAUAUAUUAUUAUAUUAUUAUAUUAUCAGAUUAUCAGAAUAAAGUUCUAGUUUAUUUUUCUA